CAUUCGCCAGAAUCUUCAACUGAGUUAUGAAUUUGGAGCACGCAGAACUUAGAGUUUAUGUAUUUGCAAUCUAUAGAAAUUCUCAUCCUGGGAAUUGCAUGUGGGGGAUACUUGAUAUUCUUAACUUCCAUCAGUGGCAUAGUGUCAGAAAAAUGUUGCCUCAUAGGAGGCAUUGGGGUGGAAGACAUGCUGAGGACGCAAACAGUGAAACAGAUAAUGACGUCCCUGAUAUAGGUGAUGCAGAAGAAUCCAUGCAUUCUGAAGUGGAUGCCCAAGUCUCAAGUCCAGAAAAGACUGCAGAGGUGAGUCUAACCAAGAGGAAAUCUGGUAAAGCGCGCAUAAGAAAAUUGAUUGCUGAAGCGAUGUCUAAACAUGAUCACCACAAGCAUAGGACAAAAGCACACCAUUCGCGGUUGUGGAGAACUGAUUAAUUCCGUCAUGUAGGAGCUUCAGCUCAAGAUCAAAAUGAGGUGAAUGCAACACUCCAACCUCAAGCGCAUGGAAUUUAGUCAGACAGAAUAUUCCCUUCCAUAAGUACUGUGAGGUGUGUAGCAGCAUUAGUACUUUAAAAACUCUGGGUGUAGACCAGCUAGAUGAGCUGAAGAGGUUGAUAAUUGAGAAUGAAACUGAUAUUUCAAGCCAGCCCAUGCCUAAGAAGAAGGCUUUGAGUGAUAUGGAGCUGCACAGAGAUGUCACCCUUUACCAGUCAAAGGAAUUUCUGGAGGCUCUAGAGGUAUUUACAGUUAAAAAGGCAUUGUUUUUGAAAAUCUUAGAGGACCCAGAUUACGCUUUAGCCCAUCACUUCUAGGGAUUAUGGGCCUCUAAUGUCAAGAGAGGAUUAGCACGGUCAGGGACAUUUCCUAUAGCUAGUCCUACAGAGGAACAAAUAAUGAAGCGCUUGAAGCUAAAAACCCAGCAGAAGGAAAAGGCACAACUGCAAGGAUUGUUGGAGACUGACAACACAACUUCAACGGUAACCACAACUGAAUGCUCAGAGGAUAGCAAUGCAGCACGUACACCAUUAGGGCCUGAUAAUAGUGCAGAUACUAUAGAGAAAGGAAUCUUCUUUGUUGAUGAAAACAAAUUAAAAUGGAGUCAUCUCCAGGUACAUCCCAUGAGUUGAAAAAGCGGAGACGUAGAUUCAAGGAUUUUAGGCAAAAAAUAAUACAUGCAAUCAGGGAGAGCAGAAAGGAGGUUUACCACCGUGUUUCUAUGGAUGCAAUCCUUCACAAAAUUCCAUGUGGCCGUAGAUUUUCUAGGAACACAAGGAAGGAGAUGUGUAAACAUUGGAAAGAGUCUGCAAUGGACAUAAACAAUAAAGACAAAAUGAAAAGUACUAAUGAGUUUGAAUGUUCUGCUCGGCUCUGCCAAAUGAGAAGGACGGCCUCUCUGAAUGAAUCCCUAGAUAGGUAUGCUCAGUUAUUUGAGUCCAUUUGCAACCAAGAGGCCAAGCAGCAUCCAGUUGACAGAUUAAGGCUGACAAAAGAAGAUGGGUGUUCACAAGUUCGACGUACCUCAAAACCAAAAUCCUUAGGAAGGAUUCUCUCUCUACCUGAUCUUGAGUGUUACCGUUCUCUUCAGAGUGAGGCAACAUCUGAUAUCGUUGGUUUUGGGAAACCGUUGGUGUUUUUGGUGAAUGGUAAUGAAUGUAAGACAUUAGGUAUAGGUAAACCUAUAAAGGAAGAAUACACUCAAUGAGAUGCUUUUUCAGAAAGUAGGCACCAGAAGCAGUUGUUAGAAGUAGAUGAAACUAGUCACUUUGAAAGAGGUAGGAUGGGAUUGGAACUGGGGAAUAGCGAUAAUGAUCAUGUUGAAGGGGGUGAGAGCGGAAAAAGUGAUCCGAAAAUGAGGGAAUGCAGUUCCAUUUCUCCAUACGAGCAUGCUGCUACUGUCUCGAAUAACACAUGUUGUAAGCUGGCACAGCCUAGUCCAAGUUCUGUUUUUGACUUCUCUCUUCAAGAAGGUGUAGCCAGCCCUUCAGAAGUUUUCACCUCAAAAGCAGGUCAUGAGUUAAAGCCUAGGUGCAUACAUUUUGACGAGACAGAUACAUUGGAUUUUUCUAGUGUGGAUAGUAGCCCAACAGUUAAGGAGAAUGUAAGAAUCCCGAGGAAGACUUUUGACAGUGACUCUCAUUACAUAAAAGUGGAUAAGAAAGAUGAAGCCGACUUCAAUUAUGUAAGAGAUCUUCUGAAGUUAUCUGGGUUCACAGGGGCUAGGUGCUUGGGAACUUGGCAUGCACCUGACCAGCCAUUACACCCUUCCUUAUUUGAAGAGAUGGAGUAUCUAUCUCCAUAUAAAACAGAAUGCGCUAUAGGUGAGAUCAGCGACAGCUAUUAUGAUCACCACCAACUUCUAUUUGACACCGUUAAUGAGGUAUUACUGGAAAUCUACGAAAGAUCAUUCACCUAUUGGCCGGGGCCUUUGUCUCGUAAUAGCUCCACACGUCCGAUGCCUGCUGGGUAUAAUAUUCUUAAGGAGGUGUGGGGAAUCAUUAGCUGGUAUUUAAGUUCACAGCCAGAAGAAUACUCUUCGUUGGAUUACGUCGUGACUCGAGAUCUAUCAAGGGUGAAUGGCUGGAUGAACCUUCAAAUAGAUUGUGAUUGCGUGGGGCUUGAAUUAGAAGACUUAAUUUUCGAAGAUCUAUUGGAGGAAGUUAUUUGCAGUUGAGAUUGUCGCUACCCAUCGCACACUCUAAGUCUAAUAUGCACUUCAACCAUUGAAGUGUUAGAAAAGGAGUUUUCACGCAUAGUUACUGCCGGAUUUGUAUGUAUAUUUUUAUUUUACUUUGUCAGUUGAAAACUUCACCCUGAAAAUAGAGGUGAUAGUAAGAAGAAGAUUAA